AUGCACAACGCAAUGCUACAAUCUCAUGGCAUAACCUCCGGUGGCAUGGAUACGAUCUCCACCCCCGCAGUCUCCAGCUCCUCUGGGCGGAGACGAAGUCAAAGGGCCUGUGAUAUGUGCUAUCGGAAGAAGACGAAAUGUGAACUCGAUGACUUGAAUCUAGUCUGUGUACAGUGCACCCGGCGUGGCUCCCAAUGCGUCUUUCCUGGUAUCCAGCCACAGCCGCAGCCGCAGCGGGAGGAGCAACGGGAUAUUUUGCUUAUCAUCAACAGAGACAAAUACGUGCAAUCUUUGAAGACUCGCCUGGAGAAAGUCGAGGCGCUGCUGAAAAUGGCUGGUGUCCUGCCUGAGGACGACAUGACUAAUGAUCAUUUCGAUGAAGAUGAAGAUGAUGUUGGUGAUGAUUAUGUCGGCGGCGACGGCAACGGUGUUGCUCAUAAUUAUGAUUCUGAUGACGAUGGCUACCUAAAUGAUAACUGGGAGGCACUUGAUCAACCCAAAGGAUCUUCAGAAAGCACUUCCCGCCCUUCGUUUGAGUCAAAUACUUCAUCAGAGACUGGCCAUCAAUUGAAUAAACAUGAUGCCGGCGGUGACCUCGAGGGUACGCCCAUCUUCCGAGCGCAUAAUAGCGACGAUCCACGUUAUCUUGGAAGGUCCUGCUCAUUGUCAAUUCUUUCAAGAGGAGGCAUCGAGUGGAUCAAGAGCAAAACUGGCGAUCUCAGUUUCUUGCGUCUUCUCUCCACUGACUCCGUUCACGAUAGUCCGUGGGGCACGUGGCGGCCAGAUGUAUUUCACGAUCUCUUCGCCUCCCAGGUUUACCGACCUCUCCCAUCGCGAUUGGAGGUGUUCUCGCUCAUUAAUGACUACUUUCGGUCGGCGAAUAGACUGUUUCCGAUCUUCCAUGAGGGUUCCUUUAUGAAAAUGGUUGAGUGGCAAUAUACUCAGCAAACCUGUGACGACGCAGCGCGAUGGGCCAGUAUCAAUAUGGUUAUCUGCCUAGCAUAUGAAUUUCGAUACUCGAAUAGCUUGAAACCGGAGAAAGACCGUGAAAGGGCUCGGAUGUAUUUCAAGAAUGCCAUGUCCGUUUUCACAGAGCUGGCCUUGCGACGGACUGAUCUUUUGAGUGUCCAGGCGUUAAUGAGCAUGGCCUUUUUUCUUCGCGGAAACUCCGGCACCCAGUCUGCAAUGCCGUUCACCACCGCAGCCAUGCGGUCCUGUCAGCGAAUGGGCUUACACCGAAACAUCCACCGGCCAGAUUUGAGCCUCACAGAUCAGGAACAACGACGACGCGUAUUCUGGGUUGCCUUUACAGUGGACCAAAGUACAUGCCUAAGGGCUGGAAAUGCCCCAUCGCAACACCCCGAUGACUUCGAUGUGCCUCUUCCACAGGAGCUGGAGGAAGAGAAAAAGAACCCUGAGAUGGCCACCAGCAUCACAUUUUUCCGCCAACUUUGUCGAAUGUCAGUAAUCAAGAGCCGCAUUUUCUGUCGACUGUAUGCCGCCAAAGCAAUGCUGAAGCCUCCCCAUGAAACCUACAAGGUCGUGAAGGAACUACAUGCAGAGCUCGAAGAGUGGAGAAAGGACUAUCCUCUCGAAGCACCCGAGCGAAAAAUUGCUCAGACCGAUUUUCUAUUUGGCUUUGGAGCCAUCGGUCUCCACCUGGUUUAUUAUAAUGCCUUGAUCAUGAUUCAUCGAAUACCCCUCCUUCUCAGCUUCUUAAUAUCUUCUCGAGAGGAUGAGCCAGAGGAUCUCAAGUCUUUCAGCAAGGCGAGAGCGUCUAAAGCGGCUGUCAUUUGUGUUACUGCUGCGCGAGAUACGCUGAAACUCGUCAAUAAUAUGCCAUGGGGAGAUAUUGCAUGGAUCUGGUCCCUGCUAUACUACGUAUUUCUUGCCGCCGCAACCAUCUUCUCGAAUAUCCUCCGAGACACCCACUCCUCGUCAGUGCGCGAUGACCUCCAGGCUCUCAACAUGGCCUCAACAUUCUUCGCGACGCUCGUCCCGGGUGACGGGCCUGCCAAUUACGCCGGUUUCAUGGCCAAAGUCUGCGGGUAUCUGGAGCGCACCGCCCGGCUAGUAGUAGCCAAGCAUGAGAAACGGGCUCGCAGCCCAGAAGAUAAUGACCAGGCCCAGCACCCACCCACCUCAAAAAGGCAUCUCUCUUGCACGGCAUCAGCAUCGAAGCCCAAACCUCGUCCGCGUCCCACAACCCUGCGAACAUCAAUGAACACCGAUGCUGCAGGAUCCUACCAUUACCAAACGUCCGACACGCCGCGCGCCUCAAACCCGUCCGCAACAGCCAGCUCCUACAUGGCAGACUUUGGAAUUCCAGAAUCCAUCGAAGGCCUACCACCAGUCAACUCCUCGGGCUACGUCGUACCUAUGAGCCCCGGUGAAACCGACUAUUCCACUGCAACUUUCCCCAACCAACUACCGCCUCCCUCAAACUACCCUGGACUCGGCCUGAGCAACAUGAACCCCAACGCCUCCAACUUAAACGCAAUGCCCUGGCCGCAGACCCAGACCCAUCUACCCGACCAACAAGGGAACACAACCAACUCCUCCCCACUAGACCCAAAUCAAUCUCCUUUCUCCCAAACAAGCACUCAAAGCGCAUCGAUCCCAGAAUCCUGGCAGAUCCCUCUGACAGCGAAUUGGGAGUAUGGUGAUAAUCUCUGGUCAGGACUCUUCCCCACAGAAGCAAUCGCAGCAGCCGGCACAGGCCAGGAAAUGCCCAUGCCGAUCCUCGACGCCGAAUCAUUCCUAAACCAGGGCCCGUCGCAGAAUGACCUUCACACAGCAACCAUCAAUCCGGAACUCCCCUUCGGUACGGAUAGUAUGGAUUACUCGCAGAUGCCUUCUGCUGCGACGCAGGGUUCUAAUCAGGAUCCUGAUCAUUGGCCGCAGGGGUUUUUGGGUCUUUUUUGA